GAGACAUCUCAUCUUCACAUGGCUUCAGAUGUACUGACUGAGUAGGGUCAUGCUAGGAUCGCUUCUCACCUCCUGCGCCCUCGUCACGGCUUUUACGAGUGCCGUAUUCGCUGCUGCCGCCCCCGGUGUGAUAAAAACCUUUGGUUUUGGCGAAGAAGUCGCUGAUUUGGGAACAACGCUGUAUGUGCUGGGCUUCUCGGCUGGCCCGACAGUAUGGGCACCGGGGUCGGAACUCAUGGGACGUCGAUGGCCGCUGUUAAUUGGCAUUCUGGGCUUCAGUAUCUUCACCAUUGCCUGUGCAACAGCCAAAGACACGCAGACGGUUAUGAUCACUCGGUUCUUUGCGGGAUUCUUCGCGGCAAGCCCGAUUGCUUUGGUUCCUGCGAGCCUGUCAGAUAUGUUCAAUAGUGUUGAUCGUGGAAUCGCCAUCGGUUUGUAUACCAUGGCCGUGUUUGGAGGACCGUUUACAGCGCCGUACAUUGGAGGCUUCAUCGAAGAGAGCUAUCUGGGCUGGCGAUGGACGCUGUAUCUCCCAGCCAUCGUCGGAUUCUUCACUCUGCUCAUGCUGGCUACCUUCGCCGAAGAAACAUACGCCCCGAUGAUUCUCGUCCAGAAAGCAGCGACUCUCCGCCGGCAGACGCGCAACUGGGGAAUCCACGCCAAACAGGAUGAAUUGGAGAUCGACUUUCGCCAGCUCAUCACCAAGAACCUGGCGCGACCGUUCAAACUGCUUUUCACAGAGCCGAUUGUCUUUCUGCUGACGCUGUACAUGUCGUUCAUCUAUGGACUGGCAUAUGCACUGUUGGAGGCAUAUCCGGUUGUCUUUCAAGGAGUGUAUGGCAUGAAAGGAGGAGUCAGCGGACUGCCUUUUAUCGGGUUGAUGAUCGGACAGUUCAUGGGAACUGGAUUUGUGCUUUCUUUGCAAAAGUCAUAUGUGCGAAAGCUGCAGGCUAAUCAUAAUAUCCCUGUUCCUGAAUGGCGGUUGUUGCCGUGCAUCGUGGGUGGUGUUGCCUUUGCCGGUGGACUUUUCUGGUUCGGCUGGACUGGCUUCACACCCUCGAUCCACUGGAUGGCCCCGACAGCAGCUGGAGUCAUGGUGGGCUUUGGCAUCAUCACCAUUUUCAUGCAGGGUUGGAAUUACCUGCUCGAUUCGUACCUCAACUUUGCCGCAUCUGCCUUUGCUGCGAAUACCAUGCUGCGAUCUCUCGUCGGCGCCUGCUUCCCCCUCUUCUCUCGGCAAAUGUUCAACAAUCUUGGUGUGCAGUGGGCAGGCACUCUGCUGGGAUGCAUCGCAGUCGUCAUGAUCCCAAUCCCCAUCGCAUUCCGGUUCUUCGGACCCCGGAUUCGGAAGAAGAGUCGAUUGGCACCGACGGUUGAGGAGGUCAAGACGGCUUAAGGCGGAGAAAUCGAGGGAUCCAUAGAUUUGAUCGGGAUAGACUGGAAAUAGAAGGGAUCGGCAUCACAUGCGAUGAGUCAGACUGACAGUUGCGAUGGAUUGGAGAUUAAAAGUUAGAAUAGAA